AGAAAACACUGAUAAAUGCUUUUCAUUCUUGGUCUCAGGAUUCUGUAAGACUUGGAGAAGGCACGGGUAGAUUAUAAAGUGAUACUUAUCUACUAACCAAGCCCAUCCAAACAGAGAGGCCACCCCCUUGUUCAAAAAUUGUCAUCUUUGCUUUAUUAAAAUACGUGUUACAACCUCAAGGCACAAUCAGAAGCAGAGCGUGCAAGAUGUCUGCGGGAAUGCAGAGCGCCCUACUGCUUGUUGCGGCUGCCUGCAUCGUGGGCGUUGAAGGUUUUCCUAAUGGACAGGUGGCAGUCGCCUGUUCCAGCAUGAUGCCAAAUCAUGGUCAAGUAGCCAGUUCUUCGCCCAGCCCCUACACGGUUACGGUGGAUAAGACUACGUUCAGCCCAGGAGACAAAAUUAAAGUAACUCUUUCCUCAUCUACGACAUUUAAGGGUUUCCUGAUCCAGGCUCGUGACUCAAAACAGCUCAGCGGUAACCCUGUCGGCACCUUCACUCUCCUGAGUUCUACUCAGUCGCAGCUGUUGAACUGUGGGUCAACGCAGGGCUCUGCUGUCAGCCAGACUAGUUCUGCUCGGUUGAAUCAGAUACAGGUUACUUGGAACGCCCCAAAGACUGCGCCCUCAACUGUGCAGUUUCUCGCCACAGUGGUCCAGAGCUACUCUGUGUUCUGGGUGAAAGUCCCAAGUCAAGUGGUAUCGCUGACUGGAGGUAGUCCUCAAGCACCAACACCAGUACCAGGAAUGACCAUCACUACCGCCUCCAUGCUGCCCGCCCCGUUCAGUGCAGCGGGAUGUGGCAGCACGACGUCAUGCCUAAGGGACCCAGUGGGCUGUGACCCGCAAUCCGACCCACAGUGUUUUUACCUCUCAUUCGCAUCCAUUGGUCAGGCUGUUCAGUUCCAGCUCAGCGGACCUGCCCAGGGAUACAUGUCGUUCGCCCUGUCCUUGGACCAGUGGAUGGGGAACGAUGACGUGUACUUGUGUGUCCAGAACGGGAACCUUGUGGACAUCAGCGCUGCUUACGCAACGGGCCGGACUUACCCAGAACCGGCAUCUAUGGCUGUGCUGUCAAAUACAGCAUGGAGGUUAUCCAACGGGGUUAUCCAAUGCAGCUUCCUCAGGAACAUUAGCAUCCCUGCCGACCAAACCAGGUUUAACUUGAAUGAGAGCUACUACAUAUUUAUAGCAAAUGGAAGAGCUGACCUUGGUGCCAUUUACCAGCACGAUCGCCAACCCCUUGUUUCCAACGGGCUGAAGUCCAUCACUGGAUCGCCUGAGAACUUAAGCGGUUCACGAUCGUCGCUGUUGGUGAAGUUUCAUGGGGCCUUGAUGCUCAUUGCCUGGUUGACUACAGUGACCACUGGGAUCAUUGUUGCGAGGUUCUUCAAGGCAGAAUGGCCCAGUAGCACCCUGUUUGGGCAGAAGGUUUGGUUCCAGAUGCACCGGGGGCUAAUGAUGCUGACUGUGUUGCUGUCUUGCAUCGGUUUUAUCCUCCCGUUCAUCUACAGAAAAGGCUGGAGUGAGGACGCGGGGGCGCACCCCUACCUGGGCUGCAUCGUCAUGGGCCUUGCCAUCCUCCAGCCUGUCGGGGCGACCUGCCGACCGCACCCCACAGCCCCACGGCGAUUUAUAUUCAACUGGCUUCAUUUUGGUGGAGGUAUUACUACACAGAUAUUGGCUGUGGCGACCAUCUUCCUCGGUGUCCAGCAGCAAGCGCUACUCUUGCCUACAGCCAGUGCCAACGGCGUGCUCGCCGGGGUCGUCUGCUGGGCCGCCCUCACUGGCCUGGUGCUGGAGCUGCACAGAAGAGGCCUAAUUAAAUUCGGGAAGGAAUCAUCCAUGUACGAAGGCAGAUUAUCUCCUGAGUCUAAGGGGAACCUGUUUAAAAAGCUGGUUCUGAUUGGCUUCCUCGCUGGAAACCUGGCUUUCAUCGUCACCCUUUUAUACCUCAUAAGCCGCGUGUGACCAAGGCCUCUAUUCGGCAAUGAUCCUCCUACCUCUGUCUGAAUUAUCCUUUUUCUGAAUUAGUGGAUUAGUUAUCUGUGCCUUUCUCAGGAUGGCUGUGGGUUCAAGUCCCAUGGCUGCCAGAGAAAUCAUAUCAUUGGGUUCUUGUUCAAAGCCUUCAGCUGGCUGACCCUAUUCUUUAAUCAUCAUGUGUUUUUUGCUUGGGACAAAGGCGUAAUAAAUAAAUGUAUGUAUUUUAAAACGGGUAAAAAAAUAUAUAUGAGUGAUCUUAGGUCUGUUAGAAAUGCUUCAAUAUACAAUUUUGUAAAGGGCUAAAAUUAUAUGCAAGAAUAUUAUUGUUGCCAUUACAAAAUACAGUACCGUUAUAAAAUAGUUUAAAAAUGUAUAAUUCAUGUACAGCUCUGGAAAAAAAUUGAGACUACACCAUAUUUUUAAAGUAACCUGCAUUGUUUAAUCUUGGUUUAAUCCUGGUUCUGCUGGCAAAAGGCUACAUUGCGAGGCAGGAUACUUCCAGGCUCAAAGUUUCUAAGACAGCGGUACACAAGAACAAGGUGAAGCAGGAGACACUGGGAACGGCCAGAAACCAGUCAGGUAGAGGGCGGAAGGGACUUUCCAGUGCCAGAGGUGACCGUUAAGUUAUCUGGCAGUGUCUCUGAUGAAGUGACCUUCAAAGGGAAUGGGAAAUAUUAAAUGGUUGUGAAGUGCACUGCUAGGACAAGUUAGUAUCGGGCUCCUAGAAGCAGGACUGAAGAUCCAUAAAGCAAGGAAGAAGCCCUUCAAUGAAAAGCAGGGAAGAAGCAGGCUGGAGUGAAAAAGUAUAUCAAUGAUCUCCAAAAUAGGCUCAUACUGUACAUACCUAUCAAUUGCGAAAUGAGUGAAACUUAAAAGUUUUGCUGUGGUCUCUUGUUUUUACCAGAGGGUUUCUAAUCCAUAGCACAGAAUGACCACUGUAUUGUAAGGUUUCUAAAUCCGUCUUUAUUUUGUUUAUAACACUAUAUGGUUGAAAAUACAAGAGCACAAAAAGGACAGCUGAAAGGACAGUAAUUAUUAUGUUUUUAAACAUAAAACAUAUUUUGUGCUCAUUAACCCAAGCCAGCUAUACUAGCAAACGGGAAACAUUCAUUGAGCAAACUGAACAGAACUGUCUGCAAAAGCCAUAUUCAACAGUAGCCAUAUAUGUCAACGAAAUAACCUCUCUCCGUGGAUACAUAAUUUAUUUAAUGAAUUUAACAUGAGCCAUAAAGAUGACGUAGAACAGUAGCAUCUUUCAUUUUUGUGCUAAAUCAAAGGCAGCACUCAAGGAACACGGACUCGGCACCAGAAAUUUUUGAUUGCUGAUUUUUUUUUUGUAUACAGGUUGGAUCUUCAAAUAUUAAUAAGGGCAUUGAUAACCAUUGGUGACCUCAAAACCUGGCAUGAAGUUGACGUCAAUUUAAGAUCUAAACAUGAGCGCUUUCUUUCAUUGGUGUAGCCUUUAUCAUGUCUGAUUUGUGCCUUCUGUGGCCGGGGAAGAUUAUCCAUUAAAAUUGCUGGCUGACCUUAACCAAA